AUAAUAUUUUGAGAUGAAUUUUACAGUGUACUGAAAGUGAGGCAGGUUAAGGAUUUCUUUACUGAAACAGACCCACGCAAAAUUGAUGAAAAUGGAGAGGCGACCGUGUGUGAAAAUGUUUGUUGGACUAUUGAUCAUAUUGAUUCAAGUGGUGGGUCAAGGUUACUGUGAGGAAGGGAGCAACGCACGGCCCACUAUCGCCACCAUCUACUCCCCGUACUUCCGGUCGAACAGCUUGUUUCAGGUACGCCCGGUCAAGGUCAACGCCCCAGAAGGAAAUACGCUGUUAGCUUUCUUCAUGGACAAGUCAAGUCACCUCCAGUCGAAAAUCGAAGUCAUGAUGGACACAGAUUUUACGGCGACGUUUGAUUUCGUCGUUGUUUGUGUCAAACCUGACGUCACUCUUAUUAUUGACGUCACCGCUGAAGGGCUAGAGAGCAUUAAACUCACUGGAGCUACCCAGUUCUCUAUAUCAUGCAGUAACGUGACUGGACAAGAAUUGUUUGAUCCGUUAAUGUUACAACGACAAAAAUCACCAGACCCCAUACUUCAACGUAACGUGUUUGUUGCUGAACGUCAAAUUGACGUCAAACUUAUAAGUGGUUUAAUUGGCUUUGGAAAGUUACGCUUUCAGAUAUACAAAGUUUCAAAUGGUUCAAUGGACGAGAUAUUUGACUUCGAUCAUCACCAAAAUGCUACCAAUAUGGACCAAGAAAAUCGAACGUUGAUUUUAAGCGAAGACAAUACAUAUGAAUCAUUGAUGUAUGAUAUCACGGUUGUAAGGAAAGUACGACCGGUUGACAGAAUAUUUCGAGUGUGUAUUUACUGUGUGCAGAUAUUUGUAGCGACUGGAUUCGGAGCGAAGCUAAAUCUGGACGUUGUGAAAAAAAACGUUAUGAAGCCCGUGGCCGUCAGCAUUGGUCUGGCGUCACAGUACAUUGUAAUGCCACUGAUUGCCUUCACGGUUGCCAAAUCAGUUCGCAUAGACGAGACGGUGAUCGCCCUCGGGAUAUUCGUGGCGGGCUGCUGUCCCGGGGGAGGGGCGAGCAACAUGUACUCCUACCUGCUCCACGGUGACCUUGACCUCUCAAUCACCAUGACAGCGCUCAGCACGGUGCUAGCACUUGGGAUGCUCCCUCUAUGGUUGUACACUCUGGGGUCGGUGUUCCUGACCGGAAGUGACCUCCAAAUCCCCUUCGAGAUGGUGGCCGUCUCACUCUCCAUUCUUAUUACACCACUGUUGUUCGGAAUCUUCCUCCGCCAGAAGUUUCCCCGUGUCGCCGACAAUCUUCAGAAAGCUCUCAAGCCCGUCAUAAUCAUUAUGUCAUUAAUUCUUCUCGUCGUCGGCAUCUACUCCAAUCUUUACAUAUUUCGCAUGUUCAAACCCAACAUUUUACUUGCGGGCCUACUUUUGCCCUAUGUUGGAUAUUUGUGUGGCGCCAUUUUUGCGCUGAUAUGCAGACAGCCUUGGACCCGAAUUAAGACUAUUGCCAUAGAAACGGGAAUGCAAAACACCAAUAUUGCCUAUAUUUUGCUCACUACUUCGUUCGAGGCGCCUUUAGGUGAUAUUGCGGCGGUGGCGCCCGUUGCCUCCGCGGUUAUGACGCCUCUUCCGUUGUUCCUGAUAACAAUUUUCUACCUGUUAUAUCAGCGCUUUUGUAAAAAGCAGGAUGAAACUAAAGAUCCAGUCGAAGGAAAUGUCGAAGACGAAGCGGCAGAAAAACUGACUGCUCAUCUUACUGAAAAGCCGGUUGAAACAGAGAAUGGUUUAGAUAAGGCUUCACCGGUUUAAAUAUAUACUAUUUUAACGAAAUAUGCAAACGAAAUAUGUUCAUGUAAAAGAUGUAUAUGGACGGUUUACAAUGUCAGAAAUCGGUACAUUUUGCAAGUAGAUCGAGUAGUAAUUUCAGCAUGAGCAGUUAAACAUAAUUACUCAACUCUUGGGAAUCUUAAUUAUGUUUACAAUAAUACACUAGCAAUCAAUUUAAACUUACAUCUACAAAUACUAGCUUAAACACUACAUUUAUUUGAUAAUAUGAUUCAAAAUUUUACGAACUACUUCUACUGAUGAUGGCCGAGGCGUUCCGAAUGGCGGAUCUUUAAAUAACCGCGAACGUCUUUUAAUGAUAAAGCCUAGUACUUAAUCAUUGUGUAUCAGCCACUUAGUUGAAGGUAGUAUUCUAUAUGCCACAUCGGGUCAACUACUAACCUCGUAACGUACAAAACCAUUCGGAACUACUCGGCCAUUUUUAUCGAAAACAACCUCGGAUGUAUGCCGGUACAUCAGUAGAAGUAGUUCGUAUUUUUUUAAAUUAUAUCAUUAAUUAAAUAUAGUGUUUUAGAGUUGUAUUUAUUGAUUGACAGUGAAGUGUUUUAUUGCAAACAUAAUUCAAAUUCCCAAGAUUUAAGUCAUAAAGUUCAACUGCUAAAUAAAGUUACUACGCGAUCUACUUGCAGCGGACUUAAACGUACCGCUUUUUGAGUAUGUAAACCGUCCAAAUUCAUCCGAUGUUGUUUUCGAUAAAAAUGGCUAAGGAGUUCCGAAUGAUACAAAACAAGUGGUAACCAUUGAUCAAUUUAUGGGAAAUGCAUUCAUUUCGUAUUAAUCGGAAUCGGAAAAUAAACGCCAUUUAAGAACUAUUUUAAGAUAAGUGACACUAAUAUAUAUGGAAAAAAUAUGGAGUCAAUGGCUUCGCGUGAUUCAUGUUGGACGCGUGAUAUCAUAACUAAAUAUAAAUAUAAAAUACAUUAUUUUUAUUAAUUCGAUUGAAAAUACAAACCUUCAUGUACAGUUCAGAGGCGGAUCAAGGAUUUGACGUUAGAGGGUUCGUUACGUAGGGACGUAAGCUUUUGACAAGCACCCUUCCUAAGAACCGAAAUUUACAUGGUUCAAAGUGUUGGCAGGGGUGUUUUGAGUCACCCCCAAGGAAAACUUAAAUAAAUUCUAGUCCGAAA